CUUUCUCCAAUGAAAGAAAGGAGGGGCAUUUCCAGUGGGUCAACUUUAUAGCGAUCUAAACACAAGGACGCAACAGUUGGGUCAGUCCGAAAGCGGUUUCGUUUUUAGGAAACUCAACAAUUUUAGUCGACAAUGGAGCGGAUACCAGGUUUACGGUUUUACCUGGGCGUUUUCCUUCUAAAAAGUAUUUCUAUGGCAGCACACGGGCUCCAUCUUCACUGCGACAACGACUUCGAAAGGCUGAUGUGUGGGAUCGAUCCCCCGCCCGACGAGCCGAGCUGCGCCGAGUACGCACUCAGCACCCGAGUGGAUUACUCCUACAGAUACAUUGAGAGGAACUGCACUUUAACACCGGACCCAGUUCGGACGGGGACGUGCAGCUGCUCGUUGGACAUCAAGGGGAUUGUUCUGGGGGAGAAAUACCCCACAACGUUGUGGAAAGCUGGGGCCCUAGUGGAGUCCAAAAACAUCAGCGCUGCAGACAUAAAACCCAAAGCCCCAUAUAUCACUUCGGUGACAAGAGAAAAUGAGAAUUAUCUGGUGAUGUGGGACACAAAAUACGAAAAAGACCCCCCCUUCAAGCUGACGGUGUUGCUGAACUACCGCAAAAAAGGAGAGAACGGCACGAAAGUGGACGUUUCGUCCAUGGAGUCUUAUGAGAUUUUGGGCAAGUCCCUGGAGCCGAGUACAGAGUACCUGGUCAGCGUGCAGAGCUACUCUGCGUUCUACAGUGAAAGAAGUGGAGACCUGACAUUCACCACCCCUGUGUCGCCUACCAGUAUUGCGGUGGCGGUCUUUGUGAGUCUGUGUGUUGCUGCUUUCAUCAUCACCAGUUUCCUGUAUCUAUUCUGCACACGGUUGAAGGAGAGUUGGUGGGAUAGCGUUGACGACUAUAAAAACUCAACUUUGUUAUUCAUGGUCCGAGGAGGUCACAAGGUGCUUAUGCCGCAGAAAACUCUCCUGAGCUCUGUCUAUGUUGAGGCCUGCAAAGAGGAUGAAUUCGACGAAAAACCAUUGGACAGCGGUGGGAAUUCCCUUCAAAGUGUCAGAGCAAACAGCGUGGCCUCGUCUCUGGGUUACUCUCAGAAGGUCUCCAUUGACAUCAUCUCCGAUGUGGAGGAAGCCAUGCGUAUGGCCUUCCCCCAGCUCUCCACAGCUCCCUGGCUCAUCGAUGCCCACAGCAACAAUGGUUACAAUCCAGUCGCUGUGACCUCCAGCCCCUCCGUUUUUGAGAACAUGACAUAUUCCAUGUUUCCUUCUGGGACCCAGGGGUUAAACGCUGCCAACCCGCCUGCUGUACUUAGUGAGUCCUUCUACAAACCCAGUAUGUUGUGGGGUGGGGUACACAACCCUUUUCCAGAUUCUCAGGUGCCUAUUUUCCAGCUGACUGGAGAGAGGCAGCCUUUCGAUCCAUCCCAUAUGAAAACUGACCUUUCCUAUCAGUCGUGGAACGCUGAAUCGGGGAGCUCAUCCCAAUCAGAGGCUCUGCAGGUAGACCUCUCGUAUAGCUGUUCUCCGGGUGACACCACUUCUUCCUCCGACCUGCAUGGCUUUGGCUCCUCUCAGUCUGGUGACAACUUGAAAGAGUCACUCCUAGUUGGAGAAGCUGACUGGUCCAGCAUGAUGGAACGUGUUUCCGGUGAGGAGAAACAGUCAUUCAACGUCUGGGAUUCAAAUCCUUCUGAGGCGUCCUGCCCUUCCCCUGCAUGCAGCCUUGUUUCCUUGGACGAUGACUUUCAAGAAUUCCAAAGUAUGACGAAGCGACCAGGAGUGCUCAUUCCAACGGCAAACGACAGUAGGCCCAGAGGUCGGCCGGACAAGCUUCCUGAGACUCCCUACACUGGAAUGCCUCAAAGAACCAUAGAGGGAGCAAGCACCUUAACCCAAACAACACAAGCAGCCCAGGGUAUUCUGGACACUCAAGGCAACAAUGUGUCUUUUCCGCCUGCGGAUCAGCACAAGCUAAUCAUUAUCAGUGAUUAUCAUAGUGUUUAAUUAGGUCUGAGACCGUGGACUUAAUGGAUACUAAGAGCCUUAAAGGUUGGAUAUUGUGGUAUUUAUGAGUAGCGUUAACGUAGUUAUCAUAAAUGAUGAAACGGA